AUGAUUUUCCUAAUCGCAAAUCUUACUACAAUCUGCUGGCCGAUAUACAUUCUGCAGAAUUUUAAACUCGUAGAAUUUCCUGGUCUUCUACUUUCAGUUUUGGAUUUUCUCCUAUUUUUCCUGACUUUUUAUUUUGCAUUUCGAUGUGCUUAUUUGCUCGUUAAAGUGAGAGUUUUUCACAAGAACUUGUCAGUUUUGGCGGUUUUAUUGAUUUUUCAAUGGUUGGAAGUAUUGAUCGGGAAGAUUAUUAGUUGGCCGUAUGAGACGGGGUAUUGGACGCUGGAAGAAUUAACAGAAAAAUCUUUAUUGAACUCAACUAUGCAGCAAUGGUGGACUGAAAACCCAUCAGAAAUGAUAAAAGUGGACAGUUUCAACCAUGAUGUUUUAUUUUUCAUCGCUGGAUUUUUGAAAAUACACUUUGGGCUUUCCAUGUCGAAUAUUCUUCUGAUAGUGUCUGUAGAAAGAUCCUGUGCCAGUUAUUUCCUAGAGGAUUAUGAGAACAAAUCGAGAACUUGGAUCGCUUUACUGAUAAUUUUUUUCAGUCAAACUUUUACUAUGAUAUUUUCAAUUGUGUUCUUUUUCAAUUAUCUGUCAUAUGUGUUUGGUAUUAGUAUCAUUGCAAUUUCGAAUAUUGGUGCUGUGAUGCUAAUGCUCUACUCCCGCCACUACAACCAAAAAAUCACGAAAAUCCACGAAGACUACGCCCAUCAAUCCAACUACACCCUUGCAGCGAGAUUUCAGGCCAAAGAGAACAUGAAGUGUUUUGAAAUGAUCUGGAAAAUCGUAAUAUUCGCACUUUGUAUCGGAAUUGUCGGUUUUGCUACAGCUCUAUCCUUAUAUUUCCAUAUUCUACCAGAAUUGGACACCAUGCUUAACCUUGUCAUGCAGGCUAUGAUAAACCUGCCGCCGUUGGUAGUGUGUCCUGCUAUCAUCUAUUCCGUGGAGUCUUUCAGGAGCUAUCACUUUUUGUCGGUUACUUAUUUUUGGGAGAAGCUGAAAGUCGGGCACGGGGCUGUGGAUAUGAUGCCGGUGCAGAAAAAAAGUUUUUCGGUGAAACACGAUGAAAUUCGGAAGGAAACGGAGACUUAUUUUAAUCAGCUGGCGGCGUCUUGGAUUUGA